AUGAGGUGUCUCCCGUACGAAGAGAGUCAAUUGCCGACGCGGGCAGAGCCUCGCGUGCAUCCAUACCUGCCUCGGGGUCUUGACGAACCUUCCCAACGCGGGAGAAACAGCCUCGCUCUCUUGCUCUCUCUCCGCAGCCCGAAAAGGCGUCCGUCCGCCCUGCAGUGCAACUCCAAUUUCUCCACCCACUUUGCCUCUUAUGUCCCAAAAUUGAGCCGCAAGUCUUGGGGGCUCGGUGUCGUGCCAGUAGCAGGACGGAGACUGCGGGGCUGGGUUGAAGAUACUCUUCAUGAAUUGAACCUCAAGAUUCCCCCCGACAUACCUGUGGAGAAGUUGCACACCAUAGCUACCACGGUGUAUGGAAAACUUGAUAUGUUGUUCAAAAACCACACCUACAAACCAGGUGAUCUUCCAAAAAAACUGGACUCUAUUUUUGAAGAACAAAUCAAAAUGCUACAGGAUGCCAUCAUUGAAAGCAGAAUCACCUGCGAAAACCACUGUGGCUUAAACCACUAUGACGCUAUUUCCUGUAAGACAUGCAAUGCAACCAAACCAACUUGCUUUGGCUAUAACUGCAGCUCCUCAGACAAAUGGAAAGAUGCCUUGAAUGAACUCUAUGACUAUGUGAAGGGCUUGAACAAGGAACCAGAGGUGUGGGCGUCGGCCCUAAGACAGGUCCCUACGUUUAGUCAUUGUACUGCCGAAAGCCCGGACACACUGAAUUUUACAAGCAUAGGAGAUACUCUGUCAAAAAACUGGCUCAAAAUGAUGGCUUUGAAGGAUAUGGAAGAGGACACCACUCUCUUAAAUCUACUUGAGCCCAAUUGUUGAAUUGCUGAGUUGCUGUUUCUUCUGUGUAACACAAAUGUGACACACAAAAUAAAGUGAAGAGAUCCAUCCAAAUGGCUAUCCUGAUGAUUAAUCCCACUAUAUUCGCAUGCAAAUUGAAGAAGUUUAUUUUCUUAAUAUCUCUGUUCCCCAGCAGUGUGGAAAAUGUCUUGGAGCCUUUCUGAAACCAAAUGGAUAAAAAAAGAAAAAUAAUGAUAGGCUCCCUCUUACUGGUCAAAUUAAAGUGAUUGGGUGAAGGCAGCAAUGAUGGCUAUUCACAAUCUUACAAAAGGAACCAUGAUUAAAACUCCUUUAAAACCUGGAUUUCA